AUGGGGACACCUAGCAGCCCCGAUGAGGGGACCCCGCCGCCUCAGGUCCCAGAAUGCAAUGAGAAGAUUCAACCCCAAGGGGCCUCCCAGCCCCGGGAGCACCCCGAGUACCCCCGCCAGCAGGAGACUUCCGAGGUCCCGGCGGAGCUUCCGAGCGGCCGAGGAGCUGAGCAGCAGGCGGAAGAAGAGGAAGAAGUGGGAGAAGGCAGCAGCACUGAGAGCAGCCGCGACGCGGGGGAGGCCCCGCCUCCAGUACAGAUCCCGGCCACGCCCCACACACCCUCCCAAUCUAAGGAAGGGGUACGAGGCGCCGCGCAGCGGCUUCGAGGGCAGAAGCUGGAGGCACUGACUCGAGUGGCCCUGAUGGAGCAGCGAGUGAAGGAGCUACAGCGCCAGAGGAAGGAGCUGAGGAUCGAGAUGGAGGUGGAGGUGGCCCUGCUGCGGGGUGAGCUGGCUGGGGAGCGAGUGGCCGCCCGGCGGGAGGAGGAGCAGCUCCGGGAGCUCCUGGAGCAGCAACAGGUGGACACGGGGCAGUGCUGCCGGGAGCAGCGGGAACAGGAGCAGAGGCGGCUGAGCCAGGAGCGGGAUCGCGUGGAAGGCCUUCGUCAGAGACUACAGGAGGCCCAGAGACAGCUCGACUCACAGCCAGAAGACCAGCACGAGCGGCUUCUGCAGGGCGUGCAGGAGAUUAGGGAACAGCUGGAUGCGGCCCAGCGUGCCUAUGAGGACCUGGAGUUCCAGCAAUUGGAGCGGGAGAGCCGACAGGAGGAGGAGGAUCAUCGGGACAGCCCUGGAGCAUGGGUGCUGGACUCCAAGGUCCAGGAGCUUCAGGCCAGUGUGGCACAGCACAAACGCCGGAUCCAGGUGUUGGAGGAGCAGCUGAAGUCACUAGGGGAGCAGAUGGCAGCUGAGAGCCGGGGGCUGAGCCGGAAGAAGGAGGAGGCCCUUCAGGCCCUGACACAGGAGCGGAGCCGACUGCUCGAGCUUAAUUGCCUUCAGGGAAGCCCUGGCGGAGACUUCUCUGAGCCCAACCAGGCCCUCACUAAGCUGCUGUUCACGCAGAAGACAGACCGCCAGUUGCUGGUGCUCCAGGACCCCACUGCGCAUGCUGCCGCCUCCGCCUCUUCCUGCCUCUUCUCGGUUCACAGCUCCCUGCAGGGCUCCAUCGGCCUCCAGAGAAAUGGAAGCCUGUCCCGGAAGAGGGGAGAGAGAAUGAGCCAGAGGGGGUCCCGGCCUCUGUCCCUCCAUUGUACUGGACCCCUGGAGGCCUCAGCCCUCCCACCAGCAGCCAGUGACUCUGGGAGACACCCACUCUAUCAGCUGCUGAACUGUGGCUCUGGGAACAGCUGUGGGGCACUAUACCCAGACAUCGCCCGCAUGGAGCGGCUCCUGCAGCAGGCCGUGGCAGAGCGGGAGCGGCUGCUCAAGGCCAGGGAAGGAACGAGAAGGAGCACAGAAGGUUCCUCAGGUCCCGCUGUUCCUGCCAUUAUGGCCCCGCCCACACUCCCACCCCGCCCUCCUGGCCUGCGGGUCUUGGAUCUCAGGCAGCAUCUGGAACGCUGGGGCCACAACCCCGAAAGCUGCCCACAUGUCCAGGUGUCUGGGGGCUGCUGCCGUGGGCCCCUGGUGAAGAUGGGCGGCCGCAUCAAGACCUGGAGGAAGCGGUGGUUCUGCUUUGACCGCCAGGCCCGCCGGCUGGCCUACUACGCAGAUAAGGAAGAGUCCAAGCUCAAAGGCGUCAUCUACUUCCAGGCCAUCGAGGAAGUCUAUUAUGACCACCUACGCUGUGCUUUCAAGAGCCCCAACCCUCGCCUGACGUUUUGCGUCAAAACCUAUGAACGCCUUUUCUACAUGGUGGCACCCAGCCCCGAGGCCAUGCGCAUUUGGAUGGACGUCAUCGUGACCGCAGCUGACGAGAACCAUGUGCCCUGAGCGGCCCCACCCUCUUGGGGGUGGGGACGACCUGUGAGGCCACGCCCACUUCCGGGAAUCCCGGGCCGGCCCCUUUGGAACUCAACCGGGAACUCUGCAGGUGCCGCGGCUCUGCUGGCCUGAGCCGCAGUGUUUUCUGGGCUGCAGGUGCCUUCCCCCACCGGGAAGCCAGCCCCGGGCCCUGUCCGAGGCAGGA